AAUUGUGCGAGCGCGCUGAUGAGCAAGACUGAGGUUUGACGGCUAACAGUCAGUAGAUAGUAGACUGAAUUCGUUAAAUUAAAGCAGACUUAAUUUUUAAAUCGACUCGAAGUCGCUUUGUUGAGGAGAACGCGAGCUAUCACCCGCUAGAGAAAACGUACUGACGUUAAUAAACAUUUAUGUCAUUGGCUAACAGUUAGCAGACGCACAAGCACCCCAGUGUAGUGCGUUAAUAUUUACAACCAGCGUUUAUUUCCCCAGAGCAAGUCAUUUAGCCAGCCGGGAGAGCCUCAACGAAGGAAAGAGAUGCACUCAUCAGAGGAGCGUGGACAGGUCUGACUCUGGUUUCAUACGACCAUGGAGUCCUCUUCUGAGUCCCAGCAGGAGCCUGAGAAAACUUUGCACCAUGCAGAGUUGAGAGAGCAUCAUGCCACUGCCGCUGCCGUAGUGUGCAGUGAUGACACCGUCCUUCUGACCCCAGGCAGGAUGAGCCAGCGCCAGGUGAAGGAGAGGGACAAGGAGAGAGAGAAGGAGGCGGGCCUCCAAACACCCAACAGGGAGCACAUUGCCACCCCUUCUUCCCUCAGCCCAGGGGUCAGCUACAGCCAUGGUUUCGAGAGAGGGAAGGAGGAGCUCUUGCCUCUGCCUUUAAAAGAGGACUCAAAUUCCAUAUCCAAGAGCAAGUCUGAAACAAAGCUGUACAAUGGCUCAGACAAGGAUGUGUCGACGUCCGGAGGAAAGCUCACCAAGAAGGAGUCCCUCAAGGUGCAGAAGAAGAAUUACAGGGAAGAAAAGAAGCGGGCGACCAAGGAGCUGCUCAGCACCAUCACAGAUCCUUCUGUUAUUGUUAUGGCUGACUGGCUAAAGAUCCGGGGCACUCUAAAGAGCUGGACCAAGUUGUGGUGUGUCCUGAAACCUGGUGUCCUCCUCAUCUAUAAAACCCACAAAAAUGGACAAUGGGUGGGAACGGUGCUGCUCAAUGCCUGCGAGCUGAUCGAAAGGCCCUCCAAGAAGGACGGCUUCUGCUUCAAGCUCUUUCACCCGCUAGAGCAGUCCAUCUGGGCUGUUAAGGGUCCUAAAGGAGAAGCAGUGGGCUCCAUCACGCAGCCAUUACCCAGCAGCCACCUCAUCUUCCGUGCUGCCUCGGAGUCUGAUGGUCGGUGCUGGAUGGACGCCUUAGAGCUGGCCCUGAAGUGCUCCAGCCUGCUGAAGAGGACCAUGAUCCGUGAGGGGAAGGAGGACAUGAGCACAGUAUCCACGAGUGGAGAGCACUCCAUUAAUUUUUACAGCCUUCUCAGAGCUCACAACAUGCAUGGUUUCCAGUUUAAUGACAGUGACCAUUUGAAAGACCCCGAUCUCUACUCGGACAAAUCAGACCGAGAGGGAGAACAGGACCACGAAGAGUCUGAUCCAGAAGGCCUGGAAAAGAGCGAGGAGAGUGACAGCGACACAUCAGAGCGCCAAGAUGACUCGUACGUCGACCUGGACCCCAAUGAACAUCUACGGGAAACCCCAUACCUGGAACAAUCCCAUGAGGAGUUGGGGGAGGCUGGCGAGGCAGCCCAGACAGAAACGGUAUCAGAGGAGAAUAAAUCCCUGAUCUGGACCCUGCUGAAGCAAGUUCGACCUGGCAUGGAUCUGUCCAAGGUUGUUCUGCCCACUUUUAUCCUGGAGCCAAGAUCCUUCCUGGAUAAACUGUCUGACUACUACUACCACGCAGACUUCCUCUCAGAAGCUGCAAUUGAAGAGAAUGCCUACAACCGGAUGAAGAAGGUGGUGAAAUGGUACAUCUCUGGGUUUUACAAAAAGCCAAAGGGGUUAAAAAAGCCUUACAACCCCAUUAUUGGAGAGACGUUCCGCUGCAUGUGGUUCCAUACGAAGACGAACAGCAAGACCUUCUACAUCGCAGAGCAGGUGUCCCACCAUCCACCCGUGUCAGCCCUCUAUGUUAGCAACAGGAAAGACGGAUUCUGCCUCAGCGGCAGCAUCCUUGCCAAGUCCAAGUUCUACGGAAACUCCCUGUCAGCCAUAUUAGACGGAGAGGCUCGCCUCACCUUCCUGAACCGAGGAGAGGACUAUAUCAUGAAUAUGCCCUACGCGCACUGUAAAGGUAUACUGUAUGGAACCAUGACCCUGGAGCUGGGUGGUCAGAUCACCAUUGCAUGUGAGAAAACAGGCUACAGCGCUCAGCUGGAGUUUAAACUAAAGCCAUUCCUUGGCAGCAGCGACUGUGUCAAUCAGAUCUCAGGAAAGAUCAAGUUGGGAAAGGAGGUGUUGGCUACGUUAGAGGGACACUGGGACAGCGAGAUUUUUAUCAAUGACAAGAAGACUGGGAUGGUGGACACUUUCUGGAACCCCACACCAGACCUGAGACAGAACAGGCUGACGCGCUACACGGUCCCACCAGAGGAGCAGGGCGAGUUCGAGUCAGAGAGACUGUGGCAGCACGUGACGCGAGCCAUCAACAACAAGGACCAAACCGAGGCUACCAACGAGAAGUUCAUUCUGGAGGAAGCCCAGAGGAAGUCGGCCCGCGAGCGCAAAGCCAAAUGCGAGGAGUGGGUCCCCAGGCUGUUUGAGCAGGACCCCGUUACCGGGGAGUGGCAUUACAGAUAUGCCGACACAAGGCCUUGGGAUCCGCUCAAUGACCUGAUCCAGUUCGAGAAAGACGGCUGCAUCCAGACCAAGGUCCGACACCGCACCCCUAUGGUACGUUCUGGCAGUCUUAUUAGUCUGAGUAACCAGGGGCCGCGGAGGGACAAUUGCAAGUGCCAGGUAACGGUGCCAAAGAGGAAACACAAGAGUGACAAGCCCAAGAGCCCAGAGAGUGGCUGCUCUUCGCCCGAACCGGACCACCAAGACUCAUCUGGCAGCGAGCGACACAAAAGCAAACACAACAGUCGGCUGAGGAAGAAAGGUGCAGACCUCAGUGAACUUCAAAGUGCCAUUGAAUCUAUAAAGCAGACACAGGAGGACAUUAACAGGAGCAUCACCGUGCUGCGAAGUCGUGCAGUCACUCGGACGGAAGGCAGCUCCUUCCUCCAGCAGCGCGACUACGUCAUCAUCGUUUUCCUCAUCGUCCUUCAGGUUCUGAUCAACUACGUUUUCAAGUAGCAGCCAUAAGCAACAGAGAGCGGGAUCCUUUUAUGUAUAAACACAAACCCUCUGAAAUUUAAGGCUUCACAGUGGAGGAUUGAACUCUGACUUCUACCAAUAAGAGCAUACAACGGCAUCCUCCAACUGUCUUCUUCUUUGUCUGUAUUAAACCCAUAUACUCGUAUUCAGAUCGGUGGACAAAUAAGACUUUUUAAAAACUAUUUAUUUAUUUACCAGCCCAUUCCAAAUCUUCGGGGGAGAUCCACAGAUUACAAAGCAGAGUGGAGCAGCAGUGAGAUUUAGACAUGACGAAGUCUUGACUGCUGCUCGGGAGUGUAUCGAUUUGCCUUUAUGUUAGAGGCAAAGGCAGCAGCCAUUUUUUUUUUAUUUGUUUUUUUAGCCGUUUGUUUUUAUUGUUUUUUCUGAUGGAGUGACACCGCUCUGAUUCACAUUUCAAAUGACAGGGAUGCUUUUAACCAGAAACGUGGACCACAGCUUAGAUUGUAACACAGAUAAACAAGAUACCUUUUUUUUUUUUUUUAAACAAACAUUGUGUCUCUAUGCUUGACAUGAAGAUCUCCUGGAAUCAAAAAACACAAUAAGGGUGAAGGAAGCAAAGCGGCUCAAUCUGUGAUUUUUAUUUUUUUAAACCAGAUAUGGAGUUUCCACACGAGGAGAAACAACACAAGCGACAGAAGGAAUAGAAGCUGUCAUUUCUGUUGUAUGAUAAAACGCCACUUUUUGCAUACAAAGUCAUUGUUUAAAAAAUGUCAGAUGUUUGACACGUUGUAUACUGUAGCUACUAUGUACGAACUGAAGCGUGGUUAGGACAUUAGCCCUUUGUGCGGUAUUUUCUUAAGGCACAAAUGCACUGGAAAUUAAUUUUUGUGUGUCUCUUGCAGUCAACCCUCAAUCAACUUGAUGCUCUCAUCAAAGGAAGUUUAAAAAAAAAGAUGAUUUUGUCCAUUUUUGUAAACUCCAGUGAUCACUGCCCUUUCAGACGUCAAAAUAAACAGAUAUUUGUAUUGAACAGUCCAUAGUUAAUCUUAGUAAUGAAAAAAAAAUGGAGAUGGUUCUCGUCUUACACCUAACUGAACUGUAAUGCUGCUCUAUUGGAAAUGUGUUUAACUGCUUUCUUGGCCAGACUGACAAGACUGGGCACUAUAAAGACAGUAGCGAUAAAAAAUCCCACCUAACAGGCACAGCCAAAGCUCACCUGUCAACAUUUUAUCUUAAUUAAAUCUGCACAUUAUCCACUCUACAAAUAUGUACAUUAGGGAUGCUCAAUAACCACUUUUUUUAAAACCAAUAUCGAUAACCUUCCGCUACUAAAGGCCGAUACCGAUAACUAAUAACCAUAACAAACACACUUAAGAUCAUGACAUCAAUACCAACCAAACCUAAAAGACUUUUCACUGUUUAUAUGAAGAGAUUUUUUUUUUUUUUCAGUGAAAAACUUUUAGUAUGCCUCGCAAGCAUUUUCUAAAGAUAUCAAACAGAACUAUUUGAUAUAAUGUGUGAAUACAUUUGGCGGUAGCAUCAUACUUGGAUGGAAGCAAAGUAGCGGUGGCUCGGCACCGUAAACCGUGGCUCCAAGUUUUGCGGUGGCUCGGCACCGUAAACCGUGGCUCCAAGUGAUGAAUCAGACGAGAAAAGUCUCUGUCUUCAACAGGGGUAAAGAACUGGUCGUCAAGCGCCAUCAUUUCCAAAAUUAAAUCUUCAAUACUCUUAGCCUUCAAUAACCUUAGCCCGUGGGUCAUGUCUGGCAAUUUUCUUGGAUGUCUCAAACACCUCACGGAUGUCUGUCAGUCCCGAUGGCUUCUUUACGGUUGGCUUUAAGUUGUUUGCGUCUUUAGCAGCCAGGGCGUCCUCAUACGCUUUCUAAACUCCGUCGAAACGAUGAUUAUGUUGCAGGUGACUGAUCAGAUUUGUAGUAUUGAAGCUCGUGCUGCUUUUCCCUCCUCGUGGAACUUGUUUGGAACCGUUAUUACAAAUAACCAGCGAACUGUCUUCUUCGGAAUCUUUGAAGAAUUCCCACACUACGGACGCCAUGUUCUCUGUUGUCAAACGUCAGCACGCUGUGCUGUAUGCCGGUGGUGCUGUAUUCACGGGGUGAUGGAAAUUCCCCAUUCCCACGUUUGUUAGUCGUGCUUACAGCCUUUCAAGUUCGCGGUUCUAUUGUAACAUGUUGAAAAAUACACUGAAUGUCAGUUCAAGUCAGUAACUCAGUCAGUUUUCUGGUUAGAUAACAACUUAAAAAACUACCAAAACUAUGACUGAGUUUUAACGAGUUGUCUUCCAACAUGAGGGGUUAUUCUUACAUUUUUCCAGUCGGAAUUAUUUCCAGUCAGAAAUAUUUUUUUCAUUUUAUGUCAACGUCACAUGAAUGCAGCACCGCCGUGCUGACAAAAGUAUGUUAUCGGGGCAAGUCAUUAUGAUAUUGGACUUAUCGGAUGGACGUAAUAAUUUCCUGUUCGGGCCGAUAGUUAUCGUGCAUCCCUAAUGUACACUUAUUAGUUGGAAAGGGGAAUUUUUGUUGUUUCAUGUCUUUUAAAAGGCAUGUAGCUAAAAAAAAUGAGUCUAUUUUGAGUUUGUUAGUAUAGGUUGUCACCUAUAAGCUAAGCUAAUCAGCUUUGGCUUCUUAUUUAGAGAAAUAUCGUCUCAUAAAAUCUAUGGUUAGAUUUUAAACUAUUUUAAAUUAUUUAGUUAAUGCCACUUUUUCCAAAUAGCAGCAUUAGGUGUGCAGAAGUAAGGAGAAUAGAGCUGUAUAAUAUGACUUACAAUCCAAAUCCAUAUAUUUAUAUUGCAAUAGCAAUAACAUUUUGAGAUAUUGUGCAGCCUUGAUAUAUUAGAUGGUUUCCAAACAUAAAAACAAACUUCAGACAAAAACCAUCAUCCAUAUAACUCCCAACAGUUUUAACUGUCUGAGCUGGUCAGCUCUUCCAGCGCAUUUGAGCCUCAAAUUCCAACCAUUAAAAUUAGAAUAGACAUGUUUAGUAAGUAGUUUUCUACCUGUCAACGUAUUAAACCAUUCCAAAUGUACGCAAGUACCAGCCAAACUCAGUGUGUAGAAUAGAACUAAGUCCAGUUCACUGUGUAAAUAUCCACCAGGAGCAAAGAGCUCCUCUUGAGUAGCGCUCGGCGCCUCGACACCAAGGUUCACAGUACAGACAUCUGCUGUGCACAAAAACCACUCUCUUCAAGCUUGUGUGUCUUUCUAUCGCCUGCUCUGUACAUACCUGUGGACACUGGCAAAAAAAGAGAAGAAAUAAACAACCGAUUGGUACUCAAGACAUUCCCAUUCCAAAAAAUGUUUGGCCUCAAGAUUUUGCUAGUUUAGAAGUUUCUGUAAUUGUCAGCAUAUUGUUAACUGUGGUUCCAGCUUGUUGCCUUCUUCUUUUGACACAUGUAUUUUUAAGUUUAUUUUACAGAAGAUAAUAACUCCAAAACAGCUUCCAAAAUUAUUCAUUUAAAUUCAAGGAUGAAGGCAACACGUCCGAACCGGAUUUGGCAUUUCUAAUGAAUUAUCUGUUAACAUUUCUAUUUAAAGUUAAAGUAAAUAAUCUGAUAAACAAAUGAAGAUAAAACCCAACUUCAGGACUAUAUAUGAACAUUGAUUUUGUAUAUCUCUUCGCCUGUCAUGAUGUUAGCCUUGUCGACGUUUACAUAUCCGAUUGCCUCCGCCGUCAGCAGACUGUUAGCGAUGAAAACUUUGUGACACCAGUGCAGGUGUAAAGACUGGUAGCAUCGGUCGGAACCAGCUGAAACUCCCUCCCGCUCCCCCCCUGGAAGUUACCCGGCUGGCCCGAGUGUAUCUGUACACGUGUUUCUGUGCAUCUUCAUUGCCUCCAUCACUCAUCUUAAAUAGAGAAUCCAGAUGUUAGAAUGUGGAGAAAUAAGUAUAAACCAGUGCCUUCUAGAGCCAGAUUGGGGCUAGAGUAGAUGAGGGGGCUUAGCAGAGGAGGUCAGGAGUGAUGUGAGGAGGGUGAAUGUGGAGCAUACAGACAAAGCCAUAGAGUCCAAGUCUGAAGAGGAAGUAAAGAGGAUGGAAUCAUCUGAUUUGAGGGGGGCGGUAAGGCUUGAACCUGGACUUGGGACUCUGGUUGUUUUAGUGUGGACGUGCCAUAUAAAGCCUUAGCAAUGAGUCUCAACUCCACAGGUCGCCACCCCACCCAGCUCUUGCCUCCCCCUCCUGCAGUGUCGCCAUAGUAACGCACCCUUAGGUUCCUGGAUGCUGAUUCCUGCCCUGAGGAGAAAGAGGAGAAGAGAGAGACUUUUCCUCUCUGUCAUCCUUCUCUCUCUCUAACACACCAAACUUAGAGGGGAAUGAACAUCUCUGCUGUCUGUUGUUGCUGUGUCUGUGAAAUAAUGUUUUAUUUAUUCCUCUUUUGUAUGUGGAUUUAUGUUGAAUUGUUUUUCAGCUCAUGGUUUUAGAUGACUCUUAUCUUGUUUGAUGUUUUUUCAAAACUGAUUUUAAAUUCACGCGUGGUUUUAUUUGAAUCUAUUCCUUGUUACUUGACAUCGGCCACAUGCAACUGUCAUAAACUGGUGCACAGUGUCACUCCACACACAUACCUACACACACCAUGCACACAAAUGCUUUUUUUCCUAUUUGAGUACCUGAAUAUAUAUACUGUAUCUCCAUGGCAACUGUAACUUCCUGGAAGUUUAUGGUCACAUGUAACACAGAAUAAAACAAAUAACAUACUGGUA